UUGUUGCCCAGGUGGCAACGCUGCCAUUAAUAAAAUGUAAACAGGCGAAUAAGUUCAAUUGAGAAUUUGCGACUAAAAAUCAUAAAUAAAUAUUUGUGUGUGUGCAUUAAAAAUAAUUUAAAAUGGACAAUUAGCCAGAACGAAUAAACUAAGCGUCAAAUAGGCACGCAGCCUGGUGCUUGCAGCCAACGACGCGACUUCCGCUGUUCAAUAAUUGAGGAGAGCGUCGCCAUGGUGAAGAUAUUGCAGGCCUACAACUUUGCCAGGCAGCAGACGUUUGCUCUCAAUGGCGACAUUCUGGCAGCCACCCUAAUUGGCAACAAUCGCAUCGCCAUCAGCAGCGCCGAGCAGUUCAUUGAGAUCUAUGACAUAGCCGGAAAGCAACAGCAGCAGCAGCAGCAGCAGCCACAAUUGGAGCAGCAGGACAAUGCAAUGCAGGAGGAUCAGACAGCGGCUGGUGGCACGGGAGAUGCAGCUUCGCCAACGCCGACGCCAGCGAUUGAUGAACGCAUGCCCGUCAGGUACACAUUGGCCACGGUCGGCGAGGUGGUGCAGCUAAUCUAUUGCGAGGCUGGCAAAUACCUUCUGACCCUGGAAAAGGAGCAGGCCGGCAGUCCGGUGCACUCGAAUAGCACCAGCAUAAGCUGCACAUCGAGCAGCAAUAGCAACACAGUUUGCUCCGAGGAUGAUACAAAGAUGUUUGUGCGUAUCUAUGCAAACUUUUGGAAGUUUCCCGAUGCCAAGCUGAACGAGCUGCCGAUCACAAUACGCAUCGCCUCGAUGACAACGCCUAAGACGCCGCUGGUGGAGAGCAUUGAUGUGAUUGAGCUGCCGCUGCGCAGUCCGCCAGACCUGGUGCAAAGCUGCCAGACGUCGGGCAACAUCAUUGUGAGCAGCAGGGAUCGCAUCUAUCUGUAUGAGUACACGCAGUGCGUGCACGAGAAUACCCAGCCGAGAUUCUCCUUCAUCGAUUUUCUGCCCUUCAAAUUCUUUGUGCAGCUCAACUUUGUGCCGCUGCGCCUAUGUCUGGCCGAGAACGUCAUCGCCUGCCUCAGUCAUCGCUAUUGUGUGGCCUUCAAGGUGGUGGACGCGCUGGCUAACAAGACGACGACAGCGUCUGCGCCGGCGCACGAGCACAGCUGCCUGGACAACGAUUACGCGGGCGAUGAGCCCCUGUCCGAGUCUCUGAGCUUGGGUAGCAAAGCGAGCGCAGCGGCGGCCAGCAGCACGCAUAGCCAGCAGAGCUGCGAAAGCGACUCACUGCAAUCCUCGAGCAGCGCCAAGCCAGCAUUGGUAAGCGGUCCGGGCUUGGCUGGACGCACGCCUCUCGAUUUCAAUGUGGCACGACUCGUGAACACCGCCUACGGUCGUGAAUUCGAGCCCGAGCUGCAUUCACAGUGGGAUCAGUGCGAGAAUGGUAGCAAUCGCAGCGUCGGCCAGGAAGAUGGCACACAGGAGAUAACCAUAACGCCACAACGGGCCGCGGACAUCAAAAUAAAGCUUAUCAACGAGGCGAAGGCCAUGAAUGUGCGAGGCAUUGGUGCCGGCGGGAACAGUGCGACGGAAGAUGUAUCCGUACAGUACGACAUACGCAAACUGCUGCAGAUAUGCAUGCGGACAUCGGAGCCGCAGUCGCGGGUCUUGGAUAUACUGCGCUGCAUGGACCUAAAGGCCAUAUACCAGCGCAGCAGCGAGCAGCAGCUGGAGGAGGACGACGAGUACGACAUGGGCAACCAGCAGGUGCCCAGUGCUGUCACCACAUUCAAGCAUGCAAAUCGCCGCACGCUCAAAUCCUCGCAGCAUCAGCGCUGUGUGGGCCAUGCGCUGCUCGUGGCCAGCAGUGUGGAUGGCUAUUUGUUUCAGUUCUGCGGCCAGGGCAAGUGGUACAGCGAGAACGAAAAGCCGGUGGCCAGCUAUAGUUUUACGGCGCCCGUGCUGCAGGUGCAUUUAAACGAUUAUGUCGUCUAUGCGGUCACCUCGGAGUCUGUGGAAACGCAUACCUCACGCAUCGGCCACAAGCUGUUUCAUAAUCGUUUCGAGUAUCCGAGCAUUGGCGGUCUGUUUCCGGAGGAGUCCUCGCCAGACGUCAGCUCGGCCAUUGCCGUCAUUGGCCUGGCCGCCUUUAUGCAUGUGCAGUUCGUGUGCGUCAACCGGGAGCAGCUCGUCCUAAUCACAAACACAGCGCUCGAGCAGCACAAGCGUCGCAGCACUGGCGAGGUCGCCGUGGUAGCAGUUAAGCGCAACAUUGCGGCCAGGUUCUUGGCCGAGGCAAAGGCCAAGCACAACAGCUUGCUGAGAAGCAGCAGUGCUGUCCAGUCCUCGGUGGUUAACGAGUGGACGCUGUAUAAUCUGGAGGUGCCCAAGGUGGAGCACAUUGUCGAGGAUCUCGAAGGCAUUGCCGAAUCGUAUCGCAGCGCAAGCAGCUCCAACUUUUAUGAUCUCAUGGAGGAGGCGCAUGUCAUGCUUAGACUCAGCCUCACACUGCAGGGCGAGCGUUUUGGCGUGGACAGGGAACAGGAGUUGCGAAAAAUGUUUAUCGCCAAUUGUCGAAAAUUGGCCGACUUUUCAAUACGCUCCCAUAAACAAGAGGUUUAUUUGCAAGCAACUGGUUUCUACAAGAUGUGCCAGCUGCAAUUGGUGGACAUUUACAACAACUAUAUUCAGGAGUUUAUGGACAGCGAACAGGCUGUGGAAACAGCGCAGCUGGCUGGACUCAUCUAUACCGUUAAACUGUUUCUGCUUGGCCUGGGCACAGAUCGUCUGAGGUCUUCGUUUCUACACCAGACCGUGGCACCGUACUUUACACCCGCCCGGGUGCUACAGCAGGGCUAUAAGCAGGUGCCGCUCUCGCUGGAGUUUCUCAACAUGUUCAUUAAACAUGCUCCUGCGGAUAUACCACAGAUAAUGCUUAGCUCGCCGGUGGUAGCCGAUGCCAUGAGCGGAGAGUUAAUCAACUAUCUGAAAUACUUGACGACGCUCACACCCGAUGAGACUCUUCUGUUGGCUGUAACUGCAUGUCGCAUGUCCAACUAUUUGCUGGCCCAGGAAAUAAUAUCCAAGUGCACGCGUCGCACUUUGGCCGUGGCGCUGAUCAAGCACAAGAACGUGCUCUUCGAUGACAGCACAGUGCUCUAUCAGCGGCGACAGCAACCGGAGCAGCAGCAGUCCCAGCUCACGGCUCGUAAACGUUCCCGUCGCGGCGCCACACAAACGAAGGGCAAGUCUUCAGGUGGCUGCGCAGCGACGCCCACGCUCAGUGCCAUUAUUUCGUUCUCGGAUUUCUGUGAGACCAUUCUGCUGGCCAAUGAGCAGCCCGCACUGAUCGAAGCCAUAAGCGAUGCGUUCAUUCACGCCCUGUGCAUUGAGCAUAGCAUUAAGCUGGAUGUGGUGCUACAGCUGUUCCUCAACUAUAUCGCCUCGCAUAUUGGCCAGAAGGGCUAUCAGACCUCGCAGAAGGUCUUUGUCAACAUAUUGCAAGUGUACUAUUAUGAUCUGUACGAUGUGAGCUCUUCGCUGCAGCCGCAUGAGGUGCGCUCGCAAACGCCGCCUCAGCUGGACGAUGACUACGAUGAUGAAUGCAGCAGCUCGCGAGCACCCUCUCUGCACAGUGAGGCGGAUGUCCAAUCUUUGUCUAGCUCUUGCGCCAGCUCCGCGCCCGAUGAGCGUUCGUUAAGUGGCCGCCAGCAGCGCAUUGUGUACGAUCAGUUGCAGGAUCAACAGGGCGGAUCGCCCUUUCAAAAGCGUAGCUCUAACGCUUCACUUUCGCAGCCGCAACCCGACGACGAUGUGGCUGCCACAAAUCUGAAGGGCCUGAAAAUACUCUUUCGCAUGUAUAUGGGCCGCUUAAAGGCUCUGAGCGAUCUCAUUACCGAUCUGCAAUCCGCCGAUGUCGAACAGCAAAGCGGCCGCGAGGAAUUCUUGAAUCUGCGAAUGGAAUGCAUUGCAUAUAUGGUUGGCAUGGCGCCUAAUUACUGCAGCAAGCCGAGCGUACGCCAGGCGAGCGAACCAAAUCAAUCAAACAAGCUAAUCUUUGUACCAUACAUUCCCGACUAUAAACUGGCCGAGGGCGAGGAAUUUGAACAGCAUAUCAAAGCCUAUAUACGACCCAUACCAUGCUUGCUGGAACGACCCCAAUACUUGAACCGUUUACCACCUUUUGAGCGCAGCGAUUUUAGUUAUCCCAAAAAGGACGAAGGCGAGUUCGAGGUGCGCUUCACAGGCUGGCACAACGAGCUCUUGACGCUGACGCUUAAGAUUCAAAGUCUACUGGCCUCCAGCAAGGUGGAUCGGGAGAUUAUUUCAGAGUUUUUGGCUUUCAUACAGAAAUCGCCCCACUUAAUGGGCAUAGAUAGCUUCUUGGUCAUAAUAUUGCCUAAAAAUUUGGCUAUCAAUUAUAUGUUGAGUUUUUGUCCUGCCUUCCUGUGGCAGUAUGGCAAGUCCUGUGGAUUUACGCCCAAGCAUUGGGAGUCUUUGCUGCGCAAGAUACUUAGCAAGCAGGAAGCGCUGCCCAAUUGGAAGACACAUAUUGCAGAAAUACUCAACAAUCUGGUAGCGGAGCUGAGCUUCGAGGAGCUGCUGCAAUGCUUUCCCAGCGAGGUCAUACAAAACCGUAAUACAGCACAAUACUUUGCCAAGGAAUUUGCCGAAACAUGCGUAUUGUACGAGCACGAACAAUUGGUGUUCCAGACACCCGAACAGCCAGCGGACAGCCGCCAGCAUUUGCCCAUGGACAACAUUGAUGAGGACAAUGUGUUUGAGCUGACAUUGCGUAAGGCUGUGGCCAAACAGCGCAGCAUUGCGCUGCGCUCCAUGAUUGAGUCGACGGGCACUCAGCUGUUCGAUGCCACCAGCAAUCCUAUGUAUAAUCUGUAAACAGUCCGGAUUGCGGUCUAGAUUGUUUGGAUCAUUCCUCUUUUAACUAGUUGAAAACUUAUCAUAUUGCAAAUUCAGAAGAUUGAUUGAUAUUAACUAGAGGUUUAGAACAGAACGUUGUAGUUGCGGUCGACUGUCGCAACUUUAUACUGUAUCAGUUUAUUAAUUUAUAUAUAUAUAUAUAUAGCACUAUAUAUACGUAGUUAUAUGAGUUUAGUUAUGGCAGCCUCUCUAGCGAGGUACUAUUUAUUGAUAUUUUUUGUUAGACACAAACGCAACAUUUCGAUUGGUAUUUAUAAUUGUGGUUUUUAAAAAAAAGAUUUACGACUAACUUUUGUAGGUUGUAUAUUAAAAGUAGGCACUUUUAUGCAGUAUUCGCUAGUAGCACGCCUGAAACCAGUUAAACGGCAGAAAAAUAAAUAAAUGAAAAAUAACAAAAAAGAAAACAAAACAAAACUGUUAUUAAGAAGAAACUCUUGAGUAAAUUGCUUGUUCUCUGGCACUUGCUUUACGUACAUUCUAAGUUCUCAGUUCGAGUAAGCUUUAGUAAUCUUAAAUAUGAUAUUAUUGUAUUUGUACUUUUAGCUAAACAGCCUCUCUAUAUAUUAAACACAUAAACACACAGACACUCCAACAUCAAGUGAUAUUUUUUAAAUUCUUUCAUAAAGUUUAACAAUAAAAGAACAUAAAUUGUAUAAUAAA